UCAAUUUAUCUAUCAUGUUUCCUUGAGGAUAAAGAUGUGUAAGAGGCAACCUAAUAGUGAUAUAGUUUUUGUAUUACUUUCCCUCUAAAAAUUGAGAUUCUAAUUUCUAAUUUUACCGACGCUUUCCCUAAAUUCUGAAAUAAAUAGUCGCGAGCAAAAUCAACCUCGGCACUCUCGUCUUCGUGGGAACUGGAAAGGGUAAAAAAGAAAAGAAAAAUUAUAUUGGGCUCCACCGAUCUAAGUGCUAUCCCCAUUCUCACUAAUAGAGCCGCCUAUAAAGAAGAAGACCACGACUAACAUUACUACCAAUCCUUCCUUCUCCGCAAAACUCCGUUCACACGCCGCCGGAAAAUGCCUUCACCUACCUCCAAACUCCUUCCCUUCUUGACUUUUCUCUCCGUCGUUCUCCAUGUCCACGCCGGUCUGAAUCUUGAUCCUUCAGAUCUCAGAGCCUUUUCUAUCAUAAAAAACGACUUGGGCAUUGACGGUCAACUCUCCUCUUUCCCAUGCCACAACGCCGGAGUGUUCUGCGAGCGGCGGCUCUCCAACAACGGCACUUAUGUUUUGAGGAUCACCAGGCUUAUUUUCAACUCCAAAGAUCUCUCCGGUUCUCUUUCUCCGGCUAUCGGCAGGCUCACGGAGUUGAAAGAGCUUACGGUUUCUAAUAAUCACCUCGUUGACCAAGUACCUUCCCAAAUCGUUGACUGCCGGAAACUGGAAAUUCUCGAUCUCCAAAUCAACCAAUUUUCUGGAAAAGUUCCUUCGGGAUUAUCCUCGUUGAUUCGUCUUCGAGUCAUUGAUCUUUCGUCCAAUAAAUUCUCCGGGAGUUUGGAUUUCUUGAAGUAUUUCCCCAACUUGGAAAGUCUUUCUAUUGCCAAUAAUUACUUUACAGGGAAGAUUCCAGCUUCAAUUCGUUCUUUUCGUAACCUUCGAGUCUUCAACUUCUCUGGAAAUCGCCUUCUCGAAAGCUCAACCUCUAUAGUGAAGGAUGUUGAGUUCUACUCGGCUACUGAAGUUCCCAAGCGUUAUGUGUUAGCUGAAAAUUCCAGAACGAACGGCACGCAAAGAGCCACCGCCCCCGCCACAGCGCCGACUUCGAGCGCUCAAGCUCCAAACGCCUCCCCCGUCCAUAAGAAUCGGAAAAAUAAAGCAAAAAAGAUAGCUUCUUGGAUACUUGGGUUCAUCGCUGGAGCAAUUGCUGGAAGUUUGUCAGGGUUUAUCUUUUCUCUACUGUUUAAACUCGUAAUAGCAGCUAUAAAAGGAGGAAGCAAGAAUUCCGGUCCAUCAAUCUUUGCUCCUAAAUUGAUAAAACGAGAUGAUUUGGCUUUUCUAGAGAGAGACGAUGCGCUUGCAUCGCUGCAGCUGAUUGGAAAAGGUGGAUGUGGAGAAGUUUACAAGGCUGAAUUACCGGAAAAAAGUGGGAAAAUGUUUGCGAUAAAGAAGAUUACUCAACCUCCAAAGGAUGCAGCGGAGUUAGCCGAAGAGGAAAGCAGGCAUAUGAGCAAGAAAAUGCGUCAAAUCAAAUCGGAGAUCAGGACCGUGGGUGAAAUCCGGCACCGGAAUCUUCUUCCUCUUGUGGCACAUGUCCCUCGUCCUGAUUGCCAUUACCUUGUGUAUGAAUUGAUGAAGAACGGUAGCUUGCAAGAUAUGUUGAAUCAGGUUUCGGCAGGAGUGAAAGAACUAGAUUGGCUUACUCGGCAUAACAUUGCCCUCGGAGUGGCAUCUGGGUUGGAGUAUCUUCACAUGAACCAUACCCCACGUAUUAUUCACAGAGAUCUAAAGCCUGCAAAUGUUUUGCUUGAUGAUGACAUGGAAGCUCGAAUUGCCGAUUUUGGGCUGGCGAAAGCAAUGCCAGAUGCCCAAACUCACAUGACAGCUUCAAAUGUUGCUGGUACCGUAGGAUACAUCGCACCGGAGUAUCACCAGACAUUGAAGUUCACAGAUAAAUGUGACAUAUACGGCUUUGGGGUUCUGUUAGGUGUCUUGGUGAUUGGGAAACUUCCAUCUGAUGAAUUUUUCCAGAACACGGAUGAGAUGAGUUUGGUUAAGUGGAUGAAGAAUGUUAUGACUUCUGAUAAUCCUAGAGGAGCCAUUGAUCCGAAGCUCCUGGGGAAUGGCUGGGAGGAGCAAAUGCUUUUGGCCCUGAAAAUUGCCUGCUUCUGCACUAUGGAUAAUCCAAAAGAGAGGCCUAACAGUAAGGAGGUUAGAUGCAUGCUGUCACAGAUCAAGCACGAUGUACCUGAAACUCCCUCUGAAUGUGUCUAAAUUAAUAAUGCAUGUAAAAGAACGUUAUCUGUUUAGAUUCUGCCUCCAAGGAUGGGCGUUAUCUAUUUGCAUUGUCGACCAAAUACUAUGUCUAUUUGUAUUCUCUCUAAUCACCUGCUUGCAAAUUCUAGGGGAAAACUUUCCGUCAAUUUUGGAAAUGAAAUAACAAGGUAUAGGAAAGACGAGGAACAUCGGAUUGCUACGAA